UUGAUAGGACGCAAAAUAGGGACUGUCGGGGUCAACACUACACCAUAAAGACCAUAAAUAUCCAACCGACGCCUCAAGUCUUUUCCUACAAUUUAACUUUAGGGUCUAUGAAUCGAAAGCGUCCAUGUAAGAAUACAUUUCGUUGGUCCAUUUAAGAGGAAUCAAUUAAGGAGGCGAACUAAUUAAACCGAAUCACGUCUUAAACAUUUAGCCACUAACGAAUAAAGAAUCAGGGACUCCUGCCGUAGCGAAAAUAGGGUGCGCUGGUGCGGCCAGAGAGUAUGCCAUGACAAUCUGGGUGAAAGAGGGGACGUAUGCUGCAGCAGCUUGCCCAACCGCUGCAGCGCACCCGCUGGCAUGGCACGGAUCCGUCAUGGUGGACAUCGGGACCUUCUGAUAUCAAAGGUGAUCCCCCUUCCCCUUCCAAUAACCGUUCCCCCUCCUCUAAACAUUCCAAUACCACACCUCUCACUACUACCCUAGUCCACCCAUUUCUCACAACAAAGCCCAAACACAAAAAGAGCCAAGAAAUUCUUUGGCAAGGAGGGUUUUCGAUUCAAGGCGCAAUCUUCUUCAAAUCUUAAAUUCAAGUUAACCCUUCCUCAAGGUCAUGGUCCAAUACGUGGAUGUUUCAGACAGUGUUCGCUUCUCGGCUGCUGGGAGUUACCAGCGUUUCUUGGAGCAUAUGACAAAAAAUUUAUUGCUGGAGUGGGGUUUUGAUAUGGACAAAGGGGAUAUACGUGCCCCGGAGUUCUAUAAUAGGUGUCAUGCUAUGAGGCCGGGCAAACUCGUAGAGGAUCCCGAUCAGAAAACGAAACUUAGGUGAGGGAGUUUUACGCUAUGCUGAAGAUAGUUGAUUGGUCUUCUCCCGAUCCAGAGAUUAUGAUUCGGGGUGUUGCGCUAAAGAUUGUGCCCGAGGUGAUCAAUGCUCACCAUGAGCUGGAGAAUCACUCGGUGACUGAGAUGGAGGCAAAAGAUGUUAAGGGCAGUGGGGCUUGGUUAUUUUCAAAACUCGUGGCGGAGGAGAAAGGAGAAAAGUGGAGUGGGUCAACAAAAAGACCAGAAUUAACAACACUCACUUCACGGCCGAGGCGAGGAGGUGGCUAAACUUGAUAUCUGGGUGGGUGUGCCCUUCAGGCAACACCAUUGCAUUUAAUUAUGUGCGGGCCCUUAUGAUUACUGUAUUCUGGAUGAUAUCCCGGUGAACGUGGGUCACCAUAUAGUCCAGGAGUGGAAGGAGUUUGUGCAUGAGGCAGGAUCGAGUUUGAUGUUCCCUUCGCUUAUCACCGCUUUGUGUAAGAAGGCCAACAUUCCACUGAGGAAUGAGGAUGAGUGGGCUGAUACAGAUAUUAUGUUCCACCUGUUGAAGGUUAGGGGUCAUAGCUUACUCAUCCAGAGUAGGAAGAGGAGGGCAGAUUCUAGUGUUGGGGUUAACACAAGUCAGGGAGAUGAUACUGGAGCUUUAACAAUUCAAGGGCCAUUUGAGUCUCCGGGGUCGCAGAUGAAGGAUCUGAAGAAAUUGAUUGCUGGGAUCUUUGUGCCUUCCUCUGGGGCUGGUCCAUCUGGUCUCGCAGCUGGUUAUUGUACUCGGGAAGAGAUAGAUCAGUAUAUGAAGACCCAGAGGGUGAUGAAGACCCAGGUGGACACUCUUCAGGACGUUUACGCUACUAUGGCCAAGGAUCACGGGGAUCAUCUCCUCAAGCUACAAGUGGGCCUAGAUAAGGAGAAGAGGAGGGGUAAAUCCCGAGGAAAGCUGGCAGUCAGAGUGUAGAGGGGCUUCAAGGGUUUAUUUAGGUUGAUGCAGCAGAAUACGAGGCUUCCAAUUGAGGAUAGAGAUGACUCGGACCACUACUCCUUCUUAGACGAGACUGAGGAUGGCACCGAGGGUGGAGGAGGUGGCAGUUCAGACGAUAAUGAGGCGACGAGCAAGAUGCAGGAGUAGGGGUGUCUUCCCUUUUUUGUGAUGCUGCCCUUGUAGGGCUUUAUGUUUUAAGACAAUCGUUUCAGUUGGUUUUGGUUUCCAUGGAUUUUUCAGACAAGUUGAUUUUCAUGCUUUUUCUUAUUUGUUUUUAGUCAUUUGGACGAUUGAUGAUUUUUGCCCAUGUUGGGCUUGUGUUUAUCAGAUGGUUGCCUUUUGGAA